AACGUCCGCUACUGAUGGAUAUAUCAAAGGUUUUAAUCCGUCAGUUGAGUGCACGCGAAUGGCGUCGGUUUGCUGCCUUUCGAAGCCUGCCGGCCGAUUCCAUCGACCAGGCAUUUCGGCAACACAUUCUGGCCAACUACGAUGUACACUUUUACGAGUACGGUGAGCUAGAACCGAGGUAUACCUCACCGAGAGAUACGGUUGCGUUCCUGGUGGAUGAACCGCAUCCGGGCCCCAGCAAGGAAGGGUCGAACGUGAAGCAACACCAAUUAGCCGAUUUAGUUGCCGGACACGGCUCUAAGGAAGAUGAGGAAGACGAAACGCUGCCAAGACUGUCGGAAGAGGAAGUUCAAUUUAUAGAGGUAUAA